AUGAACUCAGCAACCUCCACUUUGGAAGUCCGUCUCAUGCGCGUUUUUGACCGUGUGGUCGACCGACCGAAACCAUCGCUACCAUGGCCAGACCCAGAAGCCUCCAUCGGAAUAUUCUACAGGACACUCGGACGCCAUCAUUGCUGGGAGAUGCGAGGUCACGCUCGAGAGGCCUACCUACGUCUUGCUGGCGGCAUCAAAACUCACCUGGAGCGGCAUGGCGACAUCGUCUCGGCGACGGUCAUCUGGGCGGCCUACAUGGUCGGGAAGACAAAGCAGUGUGCUAGCCCAACCGUAUUCUUCUGCAGCAAAGAUUCACGGGCACGGAAAGCCGUGAGGAACGAAAUCGACGGCAGCGGCCUUCUCGCUUCCUAUUCUGGAUUUCGCACGGGAGACUGUACGAGACCGCCACAUCUGGACCAAAUGAGACAACUUGCAAUGGGAGACUCCGAUGUCGCAGGCGAACACUCGGCAGACAGCGACACGACUUGUUACAACCCGAUGGGCCGGCGCAUACAUGUCAAGUCGACUGAUGGAUGGGCUGCUCCCGCCACCGUCGGAGCCAUUGUGAAGUCCGAUGAAUUGCUUUACUUCACCACUGCAGCUCACGCCUUUGACGAGUUUGAAGACGAUUUAUUCGAAUGUGAAAGCCCGACAGAUUCCGCGUUUGAAUGGGACAUCGACGACGAUCAAGACGAAUCUUUGGUACCUGAUCAACAGGAUUUGAGGUUGUGCCACGGCAACCCGGCGGCAAAUUCCUGCUAUCAUGACAUCUUGCCGAGAGGUGUAGCUUCGGAAGGGCCUCUCGAGGGAGAAGUCAUUGCGUACACAGGUUCGAAAGGCGCAACUCAAGACUGUGGCUCAAUGGUCAUCGGUGCCUCAAGUGGCAACCUCGAAGGCCACAUCAUAGCUGGAGACCCCGACAACGGAUCGGCACUCAUUGUUCCCGCGUACCAAAUGCUCAAGGAUGUUCAGCUCGGAUUCGACAGCAGCAUUCGCCUUUUGACAGUAGAACACUGCUCCGAGCUAGAGCAAAACGUUCCUCACCACACCAGCAGCGCCCAAGGUCCUGCCGACGGUGCGACUGCUGACGACGUCGCUGUUGGAGAAUCAGGUACACGUCAAACUUCCGAUGACUGGGCCGCGGACGUCACCAAACGAUUCCGCCGCAUGCUUUCGGAGAAACGCAUGGCAAACCUCAAGAUUUGGCAUAUCACGAAAAGCCAAAGCGUUGAGUAUCGACCUCUCAGCCAAUACGACAUGUCCUCAGGUCGACCAGGACGCAGCUCCGCCGGCUUCUCACACAGUCCUGCUUCGGGGCUUAGCCCAGUGCCUAAUCGCUCGCCCUUUGGACAACAAUUCAGUCCCGAAACCAUGCGACCUGCAGAUAUUCAAUCAGCACUCUCACGCUAUGACAGGGAAGCGCCCAUGGCUAAAAUCGACCUAUAUCGAACAAAGUCAAAUCCGUACGCAUUUUCACGUCCGCCUUCUCCAGUUCUUGGGGGUGGCCGUGAUCGUUCUCGCUCCCGCGGACGAUCUGAUCCCAGCUUUGAUGAGAACGAUGUCAGCCUGAUCGAGCAAUUGUACCAGAUGGAGAGAAACAUGGUGCAUGCUCCUCCUAUGAAGCCCCAGGAGCCAUCCCCUGGUGGACGUAUCAGGCAUCUCUUCAACCACUGCGACCACUCUUCCGCACACUCUCCACCUUACAAAUAUCCCGCGCGAAUCUCUGAGCCCUAG